ACGGCAUGCAUAACGCAUGAGAGCCAGACCUCAAGAUAUUCCUCUUCUCUCCGCUCCCUCCUUCUUUCUCUUUUUCUCUCUCUCUUUCUCGCUCGCUGGAUCGCUCGAUCGUCCGUCUGUCCGUCCCGAGCGGCUCCGAGCAGACAGCACGCCGGUGUUUCGGCCAAAUUGUUGUAACUCGUAACUAACUGCAGAGGAAGUACCGACUGUUGAGCCGUGAUGCCGUGUCGUCGUCGUCGUCGCCAAGUGAUAACGUUCGAGACUAGUGCGCGAAUGCGAGUAUAACCGGGGCACAGGAGGGCUCCCACAAUAAUAAGACAGGCAGACAGAGAGAGAGAGAGAGAGAGAGAGAGAGAGAGACGCAGUUGACUCUGUCGACGGCGACGACAGCGAGGAAAAAGAAGAUUUUAAAGUGGUGACUCGCGGUCAGUGAGACACGGGGCAGCGGGUGACCAACCAUGCUACCUCUAGUGGCGGUAGCUGCUGUCAGUCCAAACAGGUCCGUCAAGUGCUCGAGUGGCAAUCGCCCAAAUAGGCCAUCGAGACAGAGUGUGAGCGCAGUUAAGCGUGUGUGACAGACUAUACUGUAACAAUUUUUAUAUACAUACGGAUACAUGAAGGCAGCGCUGAGGUGGUGGUACACUACAAUAUAAUACAUAGAGGCAAUCGUUUGGCACACGAGAAGAAACAUUACGAUUAUCAUUGUAUUCAUCGUCCUCGUCAUCAUAAUCAGCAGCUGCAGAAGCACCGUAAAGGUGACGUGCCGUAUUGUUGGAAGCGUCAGCAGCGUGGGAGCUGCUGGUCAUUUAGCAGAUCGGGCCAGGAGUAGAUGGCCACUACGACGUACAUGCCUAUAAGCAGCGCGGUAUCGAGCGAGUUGGAUGGUGUCACGGGCUCCGUGAGCGGAAUGAACAUCGCCGUGGGAGGGUACUCGUCGGGCUCGCCGCGCAGCGCGGCCGACGCCGGUGAAAUGAAGUACAUGCCCGCGCCCCAGCAUCACCACCACCACCACCAUCACCAGAUGACCUCGUCGCCCUCCCCCAAUGGGCUCUCGCACCCAGCCAACCUCAGCUCCGGCAAUCCCUGGACUAGCAUCCAGCCGGGUAGCGAUCCCUGGGGCGCCUCGAUGGGUAUGCAUCACGCGGGCCACCACCCGCACCACCACCAUCCCUCGCACCAGGGGAACGCGGCCGCGGCGGCGGCGGCAGCUGUGGCGGCUGGCCUCGAUGUGAAACCACUUGCCGCUGCGGCUGCUGCUGCGGCAGCUGCCAACGAACAAGCGAUGCAACACCACCAUCGGCAAUCACACCAGUCACCGGGAAUGGGCUCGCCCCAUUCGUGGCACGCGCCCGUCGUGCCCUCAGCCCACUACAAUCCAAGCGGGGGCUCGCCCUCGCCCGUCACCCUCCAACAGUAUCACGUGGCCAUGAACGGCAUCUUGCACCAUCAGCCCCAUCAUCAGCCUCAUCAGUUGCACGGUGGCCAUCAACCGGGCCUCGGGGGCCACCACUUGCGUGACACCCACAACCACAGUCCGCCCGGCCAUCCCUUGCACCAGGGAGGUGGAAGCGGUGGGGGUGGUGGCGGUGGCGGGGGUGGUAGUGGGGUACAUCCCCUGGAUCGAGAACACAGCGCCGGUGAGGAGGACACGCCAACCUCGGAUGAUCUUGAGGCCUUUGCGAAGCAGUUUAAGCAGCGGCGAAUCAAGCUCGGCUUCACGCAGGCUGACGUCGGCCUCGCCCUUGGUACGCUUUACGGCAAUGUCUUCUCCCAGACGACGAUAUGCAGGUUCGAGGCGCUUCAAUUGAGUUUUAAGAACAUGUGCAAGCUCAAGCCGUUGUUGCAAAAGUGGCUCGAAGAGGCCGACUCGUCGACGGGCUCGCCCACGAAUAUCGACAAGAUAGCCGCCCAGGGCCGUAAACGCAAGAAGCGCACGUCGAUCGAGGUGUCGGUCAAGGGAGCCCUGGAGCAGCACUUUCACAAACAGCCGAAGCCCUCGGCGCAGGAAAUCACGUCGCUGGCCGACAGCCUGCAACUCGAGAAGGAGGUCGUGCGAGUGUGGUUCUGCAACAGGAGGCAAAAGGAAAAACGCAUGACGCCCCCGAACACGCUGGCCGACGGCUUGAUAGAUGGCAUGCCCCCGGGUCACCAGCAGGGCCAACAGGGUGGCGGUGGCAUGCAUCAGGGCUACCAUCCGCAGGACCACUUGCACGGCUCGCCCAUGGGCCACAGUCAUAGUCCGCCGAUGCUGAGCCCCCAGGGACUCAGCGUGGCGCACUCGUUGGCGGCCCACUAGCGCUCGCCCGGG